GUGCCCUUACUCAACAUGGCCGCCACAGAAUCGAGAUACGUCGAAGAUGGCGCAUCUGCAAACGCGCCACAGUCCCCGCCCCUUUCCUGCUUUCAGGGCGCGCUCCAGCUGCAUCUCCCGGAUCAAUUCUCCGACGACGACAUGUCUGCCAGUAGUCUCCUGGAACCGAGACCCAAAGGGCAAGGAAGCAAAGUACAACAUGGAUCUGUUCAUCAGAAAGAUGGAGUAAAUGAUGAUGAGUUUGAGCCCUAUCUGCAUACACAAGAGCGCCAGAGUAAUGGAUACACUGCCUUGUCAGAUUCUUACCUUCCCAGUUACUACAGUCCAUCCAUUGGAUUCUCUUAUUCUCUGGGUGAUGCCGCCUGGUCUACUGGAGGGGACCCAACACCCACUAUGCCUUUUCUUGCUUCCUAUGGUCAGUUAGGUAGUGGUGAGCCACACUUUUUGCCAGAUGCAAUGUUUGGACCUCUAGGAAGUGCUCCUUUCUUGGGACAACCUGGAUUCAACUUUUUUCCAAGUGGCAUGGACUUUUCAGCCUGGGGCAGUGGAGGAAGUUCUCCAGGUGCAUCUGCCCCUAGCUCUGGCUAUGGUGGUAGUUAUGCAUAUGCUCCCAGCAGCUUGGGAGGAGCGGUUUUGGAUGGCCCAGCAAGUUUUGGUGGUGGUAAAGCUGUAGGCAGUCUAGAGCAAAGUAUGGGAGCUUUAAAAUUGGGAGAAGGAAAUGGUAUUAAAACUGGUGUGACCAGUUUGCCCCCUGCAACUAUUGCUCCACCAAAACAGGCAUCCUGGGCGGACAUUGCCAGCAAACCAGCCAAGCCAAGCAUUGGAAAGGCCCUUCCUCCACCAGUUAAGCAAAACAUGGAAAUUGGAACUUGGGACAACAAAGUACCCACAGCCAACCUUUGCCAGCUACCUUCACCUCCAGUCCUUCAGCAGCCAACUUCUAUUAUAUCCUCUUCGUCACACGCUCCAGCUCGUUGGUCAGCACCUCGUAGCCGUGGUUCAGAGCAAGCCCUUGUAUCACACACCUCAACAGACCCUCAUCCUGUCCUGGAGAAACUAAGAUCCCUUAAUAACUAUAACCCAAAGGACUUUGACUGCAACCCAAAAUUUGGCCGAGUGUUUAUUGUGAAGAGUUACUCAGAAGAUGACAUUCACCGUUCUAUCAAGUACAAUAUAUGGUGUUCUACAGAACAUGGUAAUAAACGUCUGGACGCUGCUUUUCGCUCCCUGAAUGGUAAAGGUCCUGUCUAUUUACUUUUCAGUGUUAAUGGAAGUGGUCACUUUUGUGGGGUGGCAGAAAUGAGAUCUGCUGUGGACUAUAAUACUUGUGCAGGUGUGUGGUCUCAGGACAAGUGGAAGGGCCGAUUUGAUGUGCGUUGGGUGUUUGUGAAGGAUGUACCCAAUGGUCAAUUACGACACAUCCGGCUAGAGAACAAUGAGAAUAAGCCGGUUACCAACUCUCGAGACACACAGGAGGUUCCUCUAGAAAAGGCCCGUCAGGUACUGCGAAUCAUAGCUAGCUAUAAGCAUACCACCUCCAUAUUUGAUGACUUUUCACAUUAUGAGAAGAGGCAAGAGGAAGAGGAUAGUACCAAGAAGGUGGUUAAGAAUUAGAAGGUCAUCAGAUGAUCAGGAUUCUCAUACAGGAUUUAUUCUCUACACUUUAUGUGGAACCGAAAGAGCUAAGCAAGCAAAUGUGUGAUGAAAGUGUCAAGAACAUACAAAGACUCGGGGUCAAUGCCUCUGAAUUGUACCCCUUUCGCCAUUUUUCAGGGAUUACGAUAAUAUUGGAUUUAAUGCUGGGUUGCCGAUCAGGACUGGAUUUGUUCAGAAAAUCCUAUGUUCAUUUAUUUGUGUCUUUUUUAUAUUUUAGGCAGAAGCCGAAGUUUAAUUUUUUGACAGUGUGGCAGAAGUCUUGCUUCUUAUUUUCUUUUGCACCCCCUGGCCGCACCCAGUAUGUAUGUGUUUUGAGCGUACAUGUUUUCUUUGUGUUUAAAGGGGUCGUCCAUCCACCCAAUUUUAUGGAAAAAAAAUAAAAAUAAAAAAAUGCUUACCACAUUAUACGCAAAGCAAAACUCGCCUUACUGAUUCCCCCACCACUCCCGAUUCAAUACGUCCCUUGCUGGUGUUUGGUUCUACCAUCUCCAAUGGUAACAUGUUGACAUGAACAUGUGACCGUUGUAGCCAGGGAUUGGUUGUAGUAGUCACAUGUCUGUGUGGACAGGUCAUUGCUGGAGCAGGAAGAAUGGAAACAAAGGGGGGACCCAGGAAGCGCCGAAGCAGUGGCAGGGAAUCAGUAGCAUGAAUGCAACUUUUUUUUAUUUUAUCGCAUUCUUAGCGGGUAUUUUUCUUUUAUUUAGCUGGCUGAACAACCCAUUUACUAGGCUACAUACUCACUACAUGUAAACAUGCAGCUGCUGGGAAGUAGUAUGUCACGUUCACACAGUGCAGUUCUUGCAAGUCUUUUCUUUUAUACCCAUUUAUUUAAGCUCCACUAUUGUUUUUGUCCAAAUGAAAAACUGCUUAGUGUAAACAAGGCCUAUGACACUGGGACCACAAUCUGGAUUCUGCAAGUUCUUACCAAACUGCUAGCCUUACUCAAAUAAUUCUCUUUUCAUAUAUAAUUUUUUAUUUUUUGUGAACGGGUAUGUAUGUCAGGAUGACUCCAUCUACGAUGUGUUCUAAGUGCUCUCAACAUAAGGUGUGGGUUUUCCUCCCUUUGGUGGGCUUUAGUUUUGCUCAGGGUAACAGCCUGACCUUCUCCCACUUCAGCCAUCGAUUAGAAAACAUAUGCCUUGUCUAAAAACGAUUGGGAAUGUGAACAAAAACUAAUAGCUCCUCCAAGACUUGCAUGAAGUAUUCAAAGUUUUUCCAAUAUAGCUUCAGUGUUAGAAGGGAUGGAAAGUUUAUGGUUUUGAGGAAUGUUAUUUGCCAUAGUUAAGCAUGCGUGGCAAACUGAGAAUGUCAAAGGGGGUUCUCUACUUUUAAAGUGGCUAACUCCAAAUAAUUUCUUAUAGAGACACUUUGUUGUAUGUCUUCAACCUAGUAUUUCAAUAGCUUGCACUUUCUAACAAAGCGGCAGAGGAGAGGCACGGCUGAUUCAGUUUAGAACUGUUUUGGUUUGAGAAAAAAAUCUAGCCAGUGACUUGGAAGCUGCUCACAGAAAGUAUAUGGCGCAUGGUGAGGAGUCCCUCAACAGUAUUAUUGAGAAUGAGGGCAGCCCAGAUGGAGUAACCCGUAUUAAUUGCUUUCUAAAGAUUGCGCACAUCGGGGGAAAUUUACACCGGUUUGAUAAAGUAGAACUGGCUUAGUAGCCCAUAGCAACCAAUCAGAUCCCACCUUUCAUUUUCCAAAGGAGCUGUAAAAAAUGAAAGGUGGAAUCUGGUUGGUUGCUAUGGGCAACUUGGCCAGUUCUACUUUAGCAGUUUGAUAAAUCUCGCCCACUUUUUUUUUUCUGUAUUCUUAUUUUGUGCUAAAGCCAUUUUUCCAGUAAGUCUUUAUUAAAAAUGUGUAACCAUUUGUCUUCUAGAGUUUGCAUCUUUUCACAUAUACUACAGACUUCACAGUGAAAUCAGUCAGAAGAUCUCUCCGAUGGAUCCGAUAUGUAUCUUUUUUUCUCUGCGUUCCUGAGAGCUCAUAAAACAUUAAUUUAAGCUGAAUUCUUAUCAAAAUAAUGAUCCAUCUUGAAGGAGUGAAAGAUAUCAACGGCCUGCAGUAUAUGUGAAAAGAUGCAGAAAACAAACAGAUGUUUCACUUACAGAACAAGUACAAUGCAAUAAUAAAAGUGCAUUCAAAGGUAUCCAUAGACGUUAAUGACCAAUAACUGACAGGAUUUAUGUAUUUAGGAAUAAAUUUCUCUAUUUGUAUUCAUUUUGGAUUCCACAAUAGAAAAAUAUGUUUGAAGUGACAAAGCGACAUUCCAGGAAAGAAGGAUGUCUGAAUGUAAAGACUCCUCUUACUGAGAGCCUAUAUUUUCAUCAGCAUUGUUCUGGUUAUUGCUUGGCCUGUUACUCACCAUUGAAGGCUAUCUUUUUUGCUCCACCCAAAGUCUCAUAGCCAUCUCUCUAUUUAGGAUCUGGGAGGGGCUCUGCCUGUGUAGUUUGUAACAUCUGUCAUUUAUGCUCCUGGAAUAAAUCUUAUGUUUAAUGCAGAA